CAAUGGCUAUACAAAUCGGUGUGUUGACAGGGGAUCACUCUGGUCGGAUUGGCAAGGGUAGCGUUAAUUUUUCCGGGAAUAUUGUGGAAUUCCACAAACUUUCACCUCCUAAAUAGACAUCGGUGUCAGUGAUGGCUGCCCUGUACGCUUGCACGAAAUGUAACCAAAGAUUCCCAUUUGAGGCUCUGUCUCAGGGACAGCAGUUAUGCAAGGAAUGUCGCAUCGCACAUCCUAUGGUCAAGUGCACUUACUGCAGAACAGAGUUUCAGCAGGAAAGCAAAACCAACACAAUAUGUAAGAAAUGUGCGCAGAAUGUGAAGCUGUAUGGCACGCCCAAGCCCUGUCAGUACUGUAAUAUCAUCGCAGCGUUCAUCGGCAACAAAUGCCAGCGCUGCACAAACUCGGAGAAGAAGUACGGCCCUCCGCACACAUGUGAACAGUGCAAGCAGCAGUGUGCUUUUGACCGUAAAGAUGACAGGAGAAAGGUAGAUGAGAAGCUGCUGUGCUGGCUCUGCACUCUGUCUUACAAGCGAGUCCUCCAAAAAACCAAAGAGCAGCGCAAGCACCUGAGCUCCUCUUCCCACUCCAGCUUGCCAGAGAAGGAGCAGUUUACUCGCCUCAGCAGCAGUAGCCACUAUAACAGUCAGAAAACCUUGUCCACUUCUUCCAUUCAAAAUGAAAUCCCCAAGAAAAAGCCCAAGUUUGACGCCAUUUCAAGUAAUGGUGACAGUUUUUCUCCGGACCUGGCUCUCGACUCGCCUGGCACAGAUCACUUUGUGAUCAUCACUCAGCUGAAGGAGGAGGUGGCCACUCUCAAGAAGAUGCUCCACCAGAAGGACCAGCUGAUCUUGGAGAAGGAGAAGAAGAUCACAGAGCUGAAAGCAGAAUUCCAGUACCAGGAGAACCAGAUGAGGGCCAAGAUGAAUCAGAUGGAGAAGGCACACAAGGAUGUUGUGGAGCAGCUACAGGCCAGGAACAGGGAGCUGAUGAAGCAGGUGUCUGCCCUGUCCAAGGGUAAGAAAUUGGAGAAGCCGGGAGCCAUGACCUCCCCAUGAGGAGAGAGCACUGUCAGGAGAGCAGGGUAAAACCUGGCAGUUUGUGAUACUGUUGUACACAACUCUUAAAGAGUUUGCAUGCCUAAUUGACUUCAGUGGGCUUUAUUUUAUAAUCCUCUUUUUAAUGUAAAGCAAUAUUGAACGUUGAUUUCAACUACUUUGUGUGAUCAAUAAUGAUGAGGGUUGACUGGAAACUGAUUAUUUUCAGAAUAUGGAAAUACAGUAGUCUAAGUAAAUGGUCUAGCAGGAAGCCACAUCUAGUGCAUUGGCUAUAAAAAUAAAAGUAAAGGUUAAUUCCACACUGAAAAGUAAAAAGGAGCAACACAGUGUUCCAGUUCACAUUGGAGAAGCCUUCUUCAGAUUUGAGCAUACAGUACCUUCUUCAUGAAUUAGACUUGUUCCUUUGUUAUCCAGUAAGAAUGAUGGAACACCUUUGUCUGACUGUGUUCAGAGGCACUGUGUGCCUUCAUCUCUUCAUUUCUAUACUGAAAUGUGUCAGUCUUGAAACUGCAUUGUCACAUACAGCUCGAUACAUUUGUUCAAAAUAUUACGACAGGCCCCCUUAUUUAAAAUCUCUCGCACUAAAGGACUCGGCAUGGCCAAGAGCUGUGUUCAGGAAUUGUCCCAAGGCACAUUGAAGUCAAUUGGGGAGAAUGAUUCAGUUUUUUAUAGAUAAUAGUGUAUUAAGUGGAGCCCGCAGGUGUUGACUUAUUUUUAAGGCAGCUGGUCAUUUAAUGACCCAUAAAAGAACAGCUCAAUGUCACGAUGGCUUUUAGAACAAGAAUUACCAUAGGCAAGGCCUACUGUUCCCUUACUGAUACUCAUUGUACAUUACUCACCUUGUAGCUAAUGAUCUGCCAUAAGACCAGCUAGACGUCCCUUUGAAAAUAGUACCAUUAAUUAAAUCACAUACAACUUCGGCUUACUGUACAUGUGUUAGGUAAAAGCUAGAGCAUGCUGUGGUCACAUUACCAUACCCUGUUUAGUGUGGUAUUUAACUACAGAUUACACUGUAUGAAAAAAACAGUAUUUUUUCCAUCAUAUGUAAACAUCAGGACAUUUUUGCAUUAAUGAGGGACUACUCUUUGUUCAAGAGACACAUGAACAUCUGUGCUGUAUGUAACUUUCUUAUAGCUUUCCCACUGCAACACUA